AUGGUUGCACCGAGGCGAGGCCGCCUGGCUCCCUUCUCCACGCCUUGUCAAUCUGUCGCUGGUUUUUUUUUUCUUUUUCUUUCUUUCUUUCUUCGUCGCCUCGUUUCUUUCUUUGAAGACUCGCCGACGCCUCAUGCUUACCUUUCGCCUAUUCCUAGGCCCUCAUUUAGAGACAUUGACCCGUCCCAGGUCUCGCCUAAUUCGGCCGCGCAACCUGCUGCAUUCCGCGCACCGUCACCUACCUCCAACAAUUCCAACAAUUCCAACACACCCCGCCGCAACUCCCGCCGUGAUUCCCGCCUCAUGAGCGAUUUCGCUAAUUAUCGUCGCGACCUAGCCGUUCUCGACUCAUCCGGCGGCCGUCUUCCUCACAUUCAACAUUGUCCCCCUUCCGCUGGUAGUACCAUGUCCCAGGUUGCUCCCUGGAUGGCCCCCGGCGGUGGCGGAGGAGGAGGUGGAGCUGGCAGCAGUGCUGCCACUGCUGGCUCCAACCCCGCCGCCCCCUCGUCCAACAAUAACAGCCCUUCGAGAUCGAGCUUUUCAGGCCUGCCCAUGCCUACCAGCUUCUACAACGACGACAGCGACGCCUUCUCCAACCCCUCUCCACUCUCGCCUGCGUUCCGGUCAACUGCCGGAGGGAACGGAACGUCGGGCCGUCCGAGCCGACUAUCUGCGUCUCACGAUUCGCCCGAAGCCUUCCCCGCCAUAGACGAACGCCGACCGUCGCAGGUGAGCAUUGCUACUGCCAGUAGCCAGGGCUCCAAGAACAGCGGUGCCCGGAGAGGUGGCUUGCAAAAACUCCAGGGGUUUUUCGGCGAGGAAUUCCCCGGUCGCGAGGGCUCCGACGCCAGCUACCACUCGAACUCCGUAGGGAAGGAUCGCUCGCACUCGAACAGCCACACUCGCCCAUCAAGGGAACGCAACUACUCCAACGCCACCGAUCAUACAAGAGAUGCUUCGCCUGCCUCCUCUCGACCUCGGACCCCGGUCCCCGCCCCGGAAGUCGUCCCCUUUCUUUACCAGAACUCGGAUGAUAUCGCCAAGUAUGGCGAAGCUCCCAUCAGAGACAUGCUUACCGGGCCCGAUCGCGACCGUUACCUGAACGACAGCAGUAAGCCGGAAGUUCCGCCCAAAACGUCAGCUUCCAACCGCUCUGGUCAUUCAGCCAUCCAUGUUCCGAACCACAUCCAUCAUUAUCCCCACCAUUAUCAUCAACGUCAUAACAGGAGCAUCGACGAUGGCAGAAUCCUGAGACCGAUCACCAGUCGGGAGGAUCCUCAGAAUAACCUCCAGAUGCCGAAUGUGAGGGAAAGGGGAGGAUCUGCGGCUACCGUCUUGUAUGGCUCAUCCCAUUCCCGUGCACAAAGCCCUACGCCCACCGGCAGCGUCGCCUCCUACGGGGAGGGUAGGUCCACAUCCGACGGCCAGGCAUCCCCGCACAAUCAACCGAAGAAAAGGAUACUAGAUCGUUUCCGAAGACACAAAGACAAAGACGAUGGCCUGCGACUGCGUGAAGCGCCCACCAGCUCUACCCGAUCCCUUGUCUUCAAGGCGUCCCGAUCUGACCUCCAGCGGCUAGGCGACCGUUCUCCCUCGACUUUCCCGCUGAACUGGCCGCCUGGGACCGAACCUCAGGAGCGUCCUACGAACCGGGCCGCGACUUUCAACAAGUUUCCAUUCGCGCCCAGGAAGGGUCGCGGGAGCAGGGCGACUGACAUGGCAGACGAGCAAAUCGGACCCACGGACCGAGAGGGACGCAACGGCACUAUUUUCCACCUCGAUACGAACCUGAGCGACAUGGAAGGGAUCUUGACGAAACCGCCGCCCUUGACGCCCAUGGAUCCCUCCUUCAUCACCAACAUUACCGAGCCGGACCGGGCAGAAAACGCGGCCGUCUCCGGCGCCGAAGUCGAACCCUCUGCGACUCAGAACGCCAACGGCGCCUGGAAUGCACCGGAUAGUUGGGGCGUUCGCCGGAAUACGGAGGAUAGUACCCAAAUUUCCCCGGAAGCCGACGACAUGGGCAGCCCCCCUCGGCCUGAGGAGAAGAUGACCCCCUAUUGCAUCCGCAUCUUCAAGACGGACGGCACCUUCUCCACCUUGUCUAUGCCCCUGGAUGCCACGGUUUCCGACGUCAUCUCCCAGAUCAUCAAAAAAUCAUACGCCCAAGAGUCGCCGGAUAACUUCCAGAUCACUCUCCACAAGCACGGCUUGAUUCGCGUCCUGACCCCUGGCGAACGGCCUCUCUUAAUUCAGAAACGACUGCUGCAGCAGGUCGGGUACGAAGAGAAGGACAGGAUCGAGGACGUUGGGCGAGAGGACAACAGCUACCUCUGCAGAUUUAUUUUCCUGUCGUCCAAAGAGAGCGAUUUCCAGGCCAUGUCCAGCGACAUGGGCUUCGGACGCAUGGCCAAGUUCAACCACGUCGAUCUCUCCGGCCGUAACCUCAUCACCAUUCCCAUCUCUCUCUAUUCAAAGGCUGCCGAGAUCAUCUCACUCAACCUCUCUCGGAAUCUCUCGCUCGACCUCCCUCGCGAUUUCGUCCAGUCCUGUCAGAGCCUGAGGGACAUCAAGUUCAACAACAACGAGGCACGAAAGCUGCCUCCCAGUCUCGGCAAGGCAGGCAAGCUUACAUACCUCGACUUGUCCAACAACCGUGUCGAGCAGCUAGACCACGCUGGACUGAACAACCUGGGCGGGAUUCUGAAGAUCAAUCUGGCCAACAACCGGCUGAAGAGCCUGCCUUCAUACUUUGGAGCGUACAGGGCCCUCCGGAAUCUGAACAUCUCAUCCAAUUUCUUGGAACGGUUCCCCCCCUUUCUCUGCUCGGUCGAGAGCCUGGUCGAGCUUGACCUCAGCUUCAAUUCGAUAGGCAGCCUCCCCGACGAGAUUGGGAAUAUGCGGAACCUCGAGAAGUUCGUCGUUACCAACAACAUGCUGGGCAACUCCCCCCCGGCGUCGUUUAGCCGUCUCCAGUCGCUCCGGGAGCUGGACAUCAAGUAUAACACUAUCACGAGCAUCGACGUCAUAUCCGACUUGCCGAGGCUCGAAAUCCUGUCCGCCGAGCACAACUCCAUCUCCAAGUUUGUAGGGACCUUUGAGAGGAUCAGGAGUCUCAAGCUGAACUCGAACCCCAUCACGACGUUCGAGAUCGUGGCCCCCGCCCUGACUCUCAAGAUACUGAAUCUGUCCAACUGCCAACUGGCGAGUAUGGACGAGUCGUUUAAUCACAUUUUGAAUCUCGAACGCUUGGUGUUGGACCGAAACUACUUCGUGUCUUUGCCGCCGCACAUCGGCAACCUCAGCAAGCUGGAGCAUUUCAGCAUAGCCAACAACUCCGUAGGAGAACUGCCACCGACUAUCGGGUGCCUGGCCGAGCUUCGCGUACUCGACGUUAGGAACAACAACAUGAAGAAACUGCCCAUGGAAAUUUGGUGGGCGAAUAAACUCGAGACGCUGAACGCCUCUUCCAAUGUGCUGGACAACUUCCCGAGACCCGCAUCACGGCAGCCACGACUGGCGGGCGAGGAGCCGCAGCAACACGGCGUCUUGAACAGCAAAGGGGCGACUUCGUUGUCUCAGACUUCUGUUUCGGACGAGCCAGAAGCCUCCCGAAAGGCCAGCCAAGUAUCGAGCACAUUGCUCAGUGUCGGGCCGUCGCCGGUUCCUUCAGGUCCGGAUAGGAAGAGCUCGGUGGUGUCAGUCUAUGGCAAAGGCGGCAGGAAAACGUCGGUCGUUUCCCGCUCGGCUUCGCAAAGCGCGCCCAUGGCCGGAAACCCGGCGCCUUCGUCGAGGAAGGAUUCGGGACUCUCUGCGCGACUUCAAAACACAUUUGCCGGCUCUUUGCGGAACCUGUACCUUGCCGACAACCAGAUGGAGGAUGAGGUCUUCGAUCAGCUCGUCAUGCUGAACGAGCUACGCGUGCUCAACCUCUCCUACAACGAUAUUAGUGAUGUGCCGCAGAGGACGAUCAAAUCCUGGCCGCAACUGGUCGAGCUGUAUCUGUCGGGGAACGACCUCACCACGCUGCCCGCGGACGACUUGGACGACGCUAGCCUUCUUCAGGUUCUGCACAUCAACGGGAACAAGUUCACGAAUCUGCCGGCAGACAUAUCGCGGGCCAAGAAGCUCAACGUCUUGGACUGCGGCAGCAACUCUCUCAAGUAUAACAUUGCGAACGUGCCAUACGACUGGAACUGGAACCUGAACCCGAAGCUGCGCUAUCUGAACUUGUCCGGCAACAAGCGUCUUGAUAUCAAGCAGACGGUGGUCGGACCGGGCGCCCUGAACCGCGAGCAGCUUGCCGACUUUAACAGGUUGCAAAACCUGCGUGUGCUCGGCCUGAUGGACGUUACUCUCACACAUCCUACCAUUCCCGACCAGAGCGAGGAUCGACGAGUUCGGACCUCCGGCUCUGUGGCGGGCUAUCUGCCGUACGGCAUGGCCGACACGCUGGGGAGGAAUGAGCAUCUUUCGACGGUGGAUCUGGUGGUGCCCCGCUUCAACUCGUCCGAGACAGAAACGCUGCUCGGCCUGUUCGAUGGCCAGGCAUUGUCUAGUGGCGGAUCGAAGCUCGCGAAAUACCUCCACGAGAAUUUCGGCCAGAUCCUGACCAAGGAGCUGAAGCAGCUCAACCCGCGUCUCAGCGAGACCCCGGUCGAUGCCCUCCGGCGCGCGUUUCUGUCUCUCAACAAGGACCUGGUCACCUUUGCCACGCAGCACAUCGAAGACCGGCCGCUCAAGGUGCACAAGGGCUCUUCGCAACCGAUAGCCCUUAGCAAGGAGGAUCUGAAAUCCGGUGGCGUCGCGACGAUCGCCUAUCUCCAGGGCACGGAGCUGUACGUUGCCAACGUGGGCGACGCGCAGGCUAUGUUGAUCCGGACGGACGGGUCGCACAAGAUUCUCACCUGCAGGCAUGCUCCGGCGGAACCGGCGGAACGGCAGCGGAUCCGGGAGGCGGGUGGCUGGGUGUCCCGCAACGGGAAGCUCAACGACACGUUGGAAGUUUCUCGAGCUUUUGGCUACAUUGAUCUCAUGCCCGCCGUCCAAGCCGCGCCGUAUAUCAGCAACGUCACGAUCCGGGAGCAGGACGACAUCAUCUUGCUCGCAACGCGCGAACUGUGGGAGUGCAUGACACCCGAUCUGAUCGUGGACGUCGCACGAUCCGAGAGGGGGGAUCUGAUGCGCGCGUCCCAAAAGCUUCGCGAUCUCGCCAUCGCGUACGGCUCCACGAGCAAGAUCAUGAUCAUGCUGCUGAGCGUGUCGGAUCUGAAGAGGCGGACGGAGAGAAUCAGACACCGGGGACAAAGCAUCAUGCAGUAUCCUUCCGGCGUGCCGGAAGAUUUGCAGAUUCCGAGGAGAGGGAAGAAGAAGGAUGCCGUCCUCGAUUCCACUCUGCAGAGGUUGAAGGCCGAGAUCCCUGCGCCGACGGGGAACAUCUCCAUCGUGUUCACGGACAUCAAGAACUCGACGACGUUGUGGGAAAUGUACCCCUCGGCGAUGCGAUCGGCCAUCAAGCUGCACAACGAAGUCAUGCGCCGACAGCUUCGUCAGAUCGGUGGCUACGAAGUCAAGACGGAAGGCGACGCCUUUAUGGUGUCGUUCCCGACAGCGACGUCGGCCCUUCUGUGGUGCUUCGCGGUCCAGAUGCAGCUCCUUGAGGUCAACUGGCCUCCGGAGAUUCUGAACUCCCUCUCCUGCCAGCCGUUAUACGACAAGGACAACGCGCUCGUUUUCAAGGGCCUGUCGGUGCGCAUGGGCAUCCAUUUCGGCGAGGCGGUGAACGAGAUGGAUCCCGUCACACGGCGGAUGGACUACUUCGGGCCCAUGGUCAACAAGGCGUCGCGGGUGUCUGCGGUGGCGGACGGCGGGCAGAUUACGGUUUCGACGGACUUUAUCUCGGAGGUCCAGCGGUGCCUGGAGACGUACCAAGAUACGGACCGUACGGGGUCGAUCUCGUCGGACGAUACGUUUGACGACGACCAGACGCUCGCGGCGUCGAUUCGGCGGGACCUGCGCUCGCUGAGCUCCCAGGGGUUCGAGGUCAAGGAGCUGGGCGAGCGAAAGCUCAAGGGCCUCGAGAACCCGGAAGUCAUCUACUCGCUUUACCCCCACGCGCUCAUCGGGCGCGCGGAGGUGCACCAGCAGCAAGACCGCGGGUCGGACGUGGACAAGCCGGCCUCGAUGCUGCCGGGCGAGCUCUCGUUCGACCCGGACGUUAUCUGGGGUCUGUGGCGGGUGAGCUUGCGACUGGAAAUGAUCUGCAGUGCUCUAGAGGGCGAUCACAGCCAACCUCUGCAGCCGCCCGAGACGGAGCUGCUCGAAAGGAUGAAGGCGCGCGGGGGGGAGGUGUCGGAACAGUUUGUGCUCAACUUUAUGGAACAUCAAGUGAGCAGGGUAGAGACGUGCACCACGACUUUGGCUCUUCGCCACAUUGCUCUCGGCAAUGGCCCCAUCAACCAGUUGAACGACCUGCGCGGCCCUAUCACGGACAUCCUCAACGAGGUUGCUCAACAGAUGGCGGAACUCCAAAAAUAUAAGGCUCGGUAUGGCGAGCUUAACUGA